GAGCAACGAAUUUUUUAAACGUUGGCCGCGGUGGACAUUCAAAAUACUUACAUAGUUUAGGUUGUGCUGCGCUCCUACAAGUCUGGCAUCGGCAUUAUUCAAAAUGUCGAAGAACAAGGAGAACGCCGAUCCCAAAGGCUCCCUAAGACAAUUCACAGCCCUGAGUUCAUCAGUUGGUCCACAGCGUGUUCAAGUCAAUCCACGGCCAGAGACCUCUGCAGUCAUGGGACCAGUAAGAGAACCUGUCUACCCACCGAUUACGACUCCCCUAAGUAUCAAGAACUUUGACAUCGGUCGACCGCUGGGCAAGGGCAAGUUUGGAAACGUCUAUAUGGCACGAGAGAAGAAGACGAAAGCAGUGAUUGCACUGAAGUGUCUGUUCAAGUCCCAGAUGGAGAAGGAGGGUGUGGAGCACCAGCUGAGGAGAGAGAUCGAGAUCCAGGCCCACCUCAAGCAUCCCAACAUCCUUCAAUUUUACAACUACUUCCACGAUCGCACGCGAGUCUUCCUGAUCCUGGAGUACGCCCCACGGGGCGAGCUGUACAAGGAGCUCCAGAAGUGCGGACGUUUUGACGACCAGCGCACUGCCACGUACAUGGAGGAGAUAUCCGAUGCGCUGUUGUACUGCCAUGAGAAAAAGGUGAUUCAUCGGGACAUCAAGCCUGAGAAUCUCCUUCUCGGCUUCCGUGGAGAGCUGAAGAUCGCAGACUUCGGCUGGUCGGUUCACGCGCCAUCCCUGAGGCGCCGGACGAUGUGCGGUACCCUGGACUACCUGCCCCCAGAGAUGGUGGAGGGCCACUCGCACGACGAGAAGGUGGACCUGUGGUGCAUCGGCGUCCUCUGCUACGAGUGUUUGGUCGGCAACCCCCCCUUUGAGACCGGCAGCCACUCGGAGACGUACACCAGGAUCACCAAGGUGGACCUGAAGUUCCCUAAGAUAGUGUCCGAGGGAGCAAAGGACCUGAUCUCCAAGCUGCUCCGCCACAACCCAAUCAACCGCCUGCCCCUGCGCGAUGUCCUGGAGCACCCGUACGUGAAGACCAACUCUCGCAGGGUCCUCCCCCCCGUGUGCAAUGCCGUGAGACACUAAAGGCGCGAGGCGGCGCAGUCCCUCCCGACCGCUCGGCCUUGUGACUGAACUGGCUGGUCCGUCGGUGUAUCUCUGGAGAGACUCAAGGCCAGUUAAGAUGGGUUUUAUCCUCUGUUUCACUGCUGCGGACGUCACACUGCCAAAGAUUCUGGGACUAUUUCAUCCUAAGGGCGCUGGUGUUUUGCCCUCUUGGCCAUACUGUACAGUUUUUCUUUUUGCGGUCUUCUUUCCUUUAUUUCCCCUGUUGUAUUUUCUGAUUGAUGUGAUUUCUUUCCUUUUUUUCCCUUUGGUAUUUUCUGAUGGAUGUGAUUUUCUUUGGUGCUAACAUAUUUGUUGCACUGUUAUGAGUGGAAGGGGUUCUUAGGUUUUUAAAUAUGUAUAUCUUUCAAGUGUCUUUUUUUUUUUGUGAACCUACACCCAUCUUUAGGGUUUAUAAACUAUUAAAUCUUUUUACUACAGAAAUUUGUUGGCAUCUGUUGGCUAUUGGUGAGUGAAAUGCUUUGUGAGAAUAUGUUUAGAGUGGAAUGUGCCGGCUUUGGUAUGAGCCCAUUUAGAUUUGACCCUGCUCCUGGUUGAGUUCUUAUCGAGCAAGGCAUUUAAUCCCUGUUAGGUUUAGGGAAUCCAGGAGGCCUGUCAAUCACAGCCGGUUCAUAGCUGCAACACUAGUCAAUAGUGGAAAAAAAAAAGCGGUAGCCAUGUAGUCCUGCUUAUCCUAUAGUAUUAAAACUAGUAGUUAAUCUAAUAUGGCUGAAUUUAACCCUAAUCAAUGGGAAAUUUCGGAGCUCAUGACGAGACUAACGGGGCUUGUACAUCACAAUAUAUUAUGGAAUGCAUUGUUUUGAGAUAUGCCGCAAUUCUGAGAGGACUUGAGAGUUUUAAUACUGCAGUCUGCAAAUAUUAAAACUGUUAACUAAUGGGAACUUUGGUUUGCCAUGUUUCGCAUGAGAAACACUGAGGCAGUUUCCAAAACAAUGUUUUUAUUACAAGGGUGGAGCACAAAUUCGUCCUUUUACUAAAGCAGUCUGUGGGUCCCCUUCCUCUCUUGAUCCAUUUAUCUCAGGCUUCUAAAGAAUAGGGCAAACAAUUGUACACAUUAAUCUGUAUGGGUUUUAGGGUGACACUGAACUGUUCAUACCACAUUAUUAAGUAAUGGGUGACGUGUGUUCUGCUCACUUUGAAAUCUCACAUUUAAAGCAUAAGGAAUCCUACAAUUACUUUCAUGAUCAAUGAACUUUUUGCGUAGACCAUCAUGCUUAAAGGAGGGAUUUCUAUGCCAGGUUUGAAUGGGAUUAGCCAAUGCAGGAAAUUUUGAAAAUCUGCCUUUUCCUGUAUUUUAGUGACACAAGACAGAGAUCAACCUAGAUGAAGCCUGGAUAGAUCAGCAAAAUUUGCUAUAGUCCACUGACUAGGAUGUUCGACUGAUCUAUCCAUCCUACAUCUAGGUCGAUACUCCCACCCAAGCAGUCAAUCAAGCACGUCAGGGUUUUUGAACCGAGCUCAAACUGUUAACAGGUAGUUAAAAUGCCGCCUAGUGGUGAAUCUCUCAAAGUGAUCAGUUAACUGUUGCGGUUUUGUGGGUGUUUUGUGCUUUCGAUAUAUUGUGAUGUACCUAACACUUGUAACCAUUAAAAGGGUAUAUUGUAAUGAGAUCAUUAGCUGCUC